GAUACCCGUAUUCUCCCUAGCACCGAGUCUCCUCUACUCCUCUUCCCUGAAAAAACCCAGCUUUUCUUAUUCCGAAUCAUUGUUAUUCCUUCAAUACUCUCCCUUUCGAUCUCCGCACUCGAUCUAGGAUUGAUAGAAAGCAUCCAAAGACAUGAUCUUUCUUUAUAUUUCUUCUAACGAUUCUCCGAUCCGGGAGGACUUCAAUUGUUCUCCAGCGAAAGGCUAAACCUUUCUCCAUUCAGAGCAGCUCUAGAUCCCCCGGAACGAUGGCCAGGAUGGGUGUUCUUGCAGCGAUCCUUUUGAUUUCGUUUGUUUCUACUCUCUCCGAUGCUUCUGCUGGUUUGAGGCUUCGAGAUUUAUUGGCAGAUGGGCCGGUGAAAGAUAAGAAGCCGGAUUCACAAAAGGAUUCAUCGGUUCCUCCUCCUGGAAUUCAACCAAAAGGCGGCGAUGAGAAACCGCCCCCGCCGUCUCAUCCAAAGAAGCUUACAGAUCCGUCGUCACCACCGCCACAAGCGGGAAAAUCCAAUCCUGUGAACCAUGCUGUUCCGCCUCCUCCCCCGGCUGGCAGUGGAACCAUUCCCAAAGGCUCUUCCAGUCCCCCACCUUCCAAAGGAUCUUCCAGUCCUCCACCUCCAUCGCCCUCACACGUGCCCCACAAGGAGACGAAUUUGUCGCCGCCUCCGCCGCCGGCCCCUGUUGAACAGGAUAAUGAGGCCAAUCCGGGUUCCAACGGGAAAGGUAAUGGAAAAAACAAUGAGGAUGAGAAAGGUUCCGGCGAUAAAGUUCAAGAGGAUGUUUGUAAAGGGUUGCCUAUAAGGUGUUCUGCCCCCGAUCUGGUUGGAUGCCUUCGUUAUCCCGGCACUGAUCCAAAGGGAUCGAUCUUGGUUCAAAAUACUGGGACUAGUAAUCUAACUGUGCAGAUAGUAGCUCCAUCAUCGGUAAAACCUGUCACAAAUUUGCUCAAUCUAAACAAGCAACAGAACCAAGAGAUUAACUUCUCUACAAAUGCCAUGGAGAGCUUCCAAAUAAUCCUAAAGACGAAAAAUGGGAGUUGUUUUCUUAAAACAACAACAAGCUUCGGUUUUGACAUUGAGAAAUUUCCCGCUUAUGCUACUAAUGCUGCGCAGAUUUAUGGUAUAUACAUUUUGAUUUUCACCAUAUUAGUUGCGGGAGGGACGUGGGCUUGUUGCAAGUUUGUAAGGAAAAGGAGGAGGACAGACACAGGAGUUCCUUAUCAGCAGCUGGAGAUGGGUGCACUAACUCAUAUAUCUUCUGCAGAAAUGCAUGGAAGUACAGCAGAUGGUUGGGAGCAGGGCUGGGGCGAUGACUGGGACGAUGAAGAAGUUGUUGUGCCGUCAUCUGCUAAACAUCCCACUGGAAAUGCUUCAUCCAAUGGCCUCACAUCCAGAUCAACAACUAAAGAUGGGUGGGAAGACUGGGAUGAUUAAUUAGACUCUCACAUGAUGAGAUAGUUAAUUUCCGAAUAUUGUUUUUAUGUGUAAGAUUAUGAUAGAAAAAGAACAUUGUUUACGAAUGAAGGCCGGCUACGA